AUGUGUAAUAUGAAGUGUACUUUAAUAGUUUUCAUGUAUUUAAUUCAAUCAAAAAUAAUUGGCGCUGAUGAACCAAAAGUCAUCAAAUAUUCUACAGCUCAGCAGUGGGCAGAAAAAUUUGGAAUAGAACUUUGGAAUUUAGGUGACUUCAUAACUAGAAGGAAAGAUGUAAUGGAAAGUUUUAAGCAGUCGCAAAUAGUCAGUCGGUCCGGAUCUAAAAUUGUCGAAGAUAUAGCUAAGGAGAUCAAGUUUAUGAUGGAUGCCAGAAUAAGUGCUGUGAGAAGAGUUGUUGAUGCAGCUCAGGAAAGUUGGUCUAAUGCUGCGGAAAACGAUGAGAUUGUGGAAAAAAAUUUUACUUAUUUCAAUUCAAAAGAAAUGAUAGAACCUAAUGAGGUUCCCGCAACUGAACUGCCAACGUUUUUAGAUAGUGACGAAGAAACCGAUGGAGCUGAAUUCCCUAAACCCGUCAUUCAUUUAACCGAAAGUGAAAAGUUUGGUGACUACGUGAACAUUUCCGUUAGUUCAGUACACGUGCCUGCAAACGUUUACGAUCGUGCAAAAGAUGUAAUUAAAGCUAUCAAAUGGUCGGAGAUGCUCAACAAUAUUUUUGAUAGUAAUUACCGACAUGAUCCAUCACUGUUCUGGCAAUAUUUCUGCAGUUCUUCAGGAUUUCUUCGUCAAUUUCCUGCUACUAAAUGGAAAAUGGAUCCGGUUGAUUUAUAUGACUGUCGCUUACGUUCAUGGUAUAUACAAGCAGCAAACAGCCCAAAAGAUAUCGUAAUCCUUAUUGAUAAUUCAGGUUCCAUGACCGGACAGCGAAGGGAUGUUGCAAGACAUGUUGUUGAAAGUAUUUUGGAUACUUUGACAUCGAAUGAUUUUGUUAACAUAUUUACGUUUUCCGAUGAUAUAAAAGAAGUUGUCGAAUGUUUUGGAGAUCAACUAGUGCAAGCAAAUAUGGCAAAUAUACGAGAACUCAAAUUAGCUUUGCAUAGCAUAGAAACAGCGGAAUUAGCAAAUUUUACUGCAGCACUUACAAAAGCAUUUGAAAUAUUACAUGAAUAUCGUGAAUCAAAGCUUGGUGCUUGUUGUAAUCAAGCAAUAAUGUUAAUAUCUGAUGGUGUUCCUUAUCCUAUUGAUGAAGUAUUUGAAACAUGGAAUUGGCAAGAGAAACCAUACAUCCCAGUUCGUGUUUUUUCAUACUUGAUUGGACGAGAAGUUGCUGAUGUAACUGACAUAAAGAAAAUAGCAUGUGACAAUCAAGGCUAUUAUGUCCAUCUUAGUACAUUUGCUGAGGUGAGAGAAGAUGUUUUGCAAUAUAUUCCAGUUAUUGCAAGACCAUUGGUAUUGAAUAAAACACAUCACCCUGUUGUAUUUUCUCAACUUUACGCUGAUGUUGUGGAUCCUCAGAUGACCGACUAUGAAUGGGAAUGUCGAGAAAGGGCAAAACAAAGGGAGAGGUUCAUGGUGUAUCGAAGGAGUCGUAAUUUCAUUAAUCUACCAGAAGAUCCUUCAAAUCUCGGUUAUGAUUUCAUAGAAGACGACGAAAAUGAAAGAAUGAAAAAAUUCAACUUCAUGACGACAGUUUCUAUUCCGGUGUAUGACAAACGAGAAAAUGCGGCACAAAUUGCUAAUCUAUUGGGAGUUGCCGGAGCUGAUAUUCCUGUGGAGGAUAUUAAGAAAUUAAUGCAACCAUUUUUGUUAGGUGUCGGUGGAUAUGCUUUCAUUGUUGAUAACAACGGAUUUCUUCUUAUUCACCCAGACUUUCGUCCAGUUUUUUAUAAAGAUAUUUUAAAGCCAGCAUAUAAUGCAGUUGAUAUGAUUGAAGUGGAAUUGAUGGACGACGACCAUGAACCAAGAGAUUUUCAUUCCAAUAUCAUUCAAUUGCGUGAAGCUAUUAUAAAUCAGUCAACUGGAAGUCGAUUCAUAUUUCAAAAAUAUCAUUACGACAAAAUGCGUCGUGCUUCAAGAAUGAGACGUUAUUAUUAUUGGACAGAAAUCAAAGACACCCCCUUUACAUUAGUUGUUACUUAUCCUGAACAAUAUGGACAAUAUAGAAUACAAACUCGCAGUGAAGACGAAAUACACCGCAUCAAUGCGAAAGGAACAAAUGUUUUGAACUUCUUCAGCAGUUCUAAUUGGAAAGUCCAUCCCGAUUGGAUGUAUUGUAAACAUAGCAAUGAUACAUACUCAUCGCCCGAAGCAGAACUGCUUUAUUUUUUAGAGCGUAUGAGACAACCGGGAUGGAGAUGGCCGCUGAAUAGAAGUCCACCACCACCAGAACAUUUAAACAUCUAUACUAAUAACACGACAGGAAAAUUUCUAUCAGAUAAAGAUUCCUAUUAUUGCGAUAGAAAUUUAGUGCAGUCAUUAGUGUACGAUGCAAAAAUAACUGAAUGGUUUACAAAAAAUACGAGUACAGGACUUACAGAAAAAGGAAAUGAGUUCAAGCAAAGGUUUGGUGUCAGUGUUUCAUUCUUAGCGACUCAUAGUGGCCUCCUAAAAUGGCAAGAAUACAGCACAUUUAGUGAUGAAGUAAAACCAGAGAACGAAUUUAGUGAAACUAAUAAGAAAUCGAUUGAUGAAAUCUGGUAUCGAAGAGCAGUCGAACAACACUUUAUCGAGCAAAACAGUUUUGUCUAUGCAGUUCCCUUUGAUGCUGCUCACCGAAAUGAUACAUUAGUGACAGCAACUCAUGCUAUAUUCCACAAAGAAAAUAAUAAAUUUGCACCAGCAGCAGUUGUUGGAUUCCAGUUUAAACAUUCUGCAAUGUAUACACUUUUCAAGAAUAUUACAAGCAACUGUGUGGAUGCUUCUUGUUCAAAUUGUGCUUCAGAUGAUUUUGAAUGCUUCGUUUUGGAUGAAAAUGGAUACGUAAUAGUAUCUCCAGAAAUUUCUGACACUGGAAAAUUUUUUGGUGAAAUUCGAGGAUUUUUAAUGCAUCAUCUUGUGAACGCCAAAGUUUUUAAGAAAAUCACAAUUUAUGAUUAUCAAGCAGUUUGUUUUAUAGGAAAAGACUCAUUGAAUAUGGCAAGCAGACUUUUGACACCUUUUAAAUAUAUAUGGCAAGUUUUGAAACUUAUUUCAAAGCAUAUCAUAUGGAUCUUUUUAAGUGUUUUAGUCGAAAACACUCGAGCUUACGGAUCAUACUACGUCGCUUAUGGGGAUGAUUACAGUCCUGAUCCAACAGAACGUUACGACAUGCCACCAACCAAAUCUAAAGAACAAGAAUUUGAUAAACGAGUUCUCAUAAAUCGAACUCGACCAGAACGUUGUGACAAAGUUAUAACACUAUAUCAACUUUGGAGACCAAAAGAAAAAGAGAAGUCAGCAUUUGAUUUGCCAAUGAGUAACAAUUGUGAUCGACCAUUUAUAGUGUUACCUAUUCCUUCAAGCAACAUGAUUUUUCUUAUUUCAUCAACUCUAUGUAGUGAAGAAAAUCCAAAACCAUUUCACAAUCAACCUAUCGAAAAACAUUAUAACGCAUCGUCAUUACAGUGCUUUAAGCUAAGAAACUUUCCAACUCAUCGUCGUCAACUGAAACAUUGUUUUAAUCGACAUAUGAAUGAAAGCCAAAUUAAACUUUGUGGUAAAGCAUGUUGGUUGAAAUCCAAUGUCUAUAUUAUGAGUUUAUUAAUAAUUUACAACAUAGGAUAUAAUAUAGUUUUUUAAUAUGUUUGUAUGUUUUUGCUAUUAAAAAGUUUUCCGAUAUAAUUUUAUAGGAAACUCCUGAUCCCAAAUAAAAAUCUUGAGAUAUUAUAUUAUUAUUAUUCAGAGC